AAUUUAGACACUGCUAGGAAUUCCUCUCUCAAAUAAAUAUAAGAGAAAAUCAUUAUACCGCUUUCAUGAUUAAAAUUUAUGGAUUCCCGGGCUUCGCUUGCGUCCCUGGAAUCAACAACCCAAAUCAAAAUGAGGAGUAGGAAACGCCCAUUGCACACUUGUGCGGUUUCCGUUUUAGUGAUAGCUGACAAAGCCUGCACCAAAGUCCAAGGUAUACAUGGCCCUUUAGGCGUAAUGGCAAAGGUGGCAGCAAAAUUUGCAACAUUUGCCAGCCCCAUUAUUAUCUUCAUGCAAUAUCAGUGGAUCAUAAUGGCAGUCCUAUCAUUUAUUGAUGGUCGAAUACUAGCUGUUGAAAACAUGAUAGAGAGAUUUUACCCUCCAUCAAGCAUCGUGUUUAACAAGAUUGAUGACUUUGUCCAAGUCGCAGAAACCCUCCCCGAAAAAUUAGAUGAAGCAAUGAAUAAACUCCCCUCUUCUAUCCAUUCUAUUCACCAAGGUUCGGUUUUAGAUUGGGGAUUGGUUCGUGCCAUCACGAUGCUAAAUUUUGUUAGUGGUACACUAACUUGCUGGAGAAUGUCAAAGGGUGCGAGGGAGAAGGAGAUUGUAGUUGAUACCAGCUGCAAUGAUAAUAAUAAUCAUCAUCACAAUACUAAUGAAGAAGCUGCAGCUAAAGCUAAUGGAGCUGCAGAGCAGCUUAUAGAUUCCUCAAAGCAUGAUGCUAAUAAUAAAAUGAAGAGUAAUCCUAGUACUCCACCUCUUGGUGCUGUUAUGAAGGGUAGUUACAAGGAAGCCCUAACCAAGGGUAAAAAAGAAGGGACUGAAAGUAAAAAAGAAGGAAACAAGUAUAAAACGAACGGCAUACACAGUAAAACAGAAGAGAAGUACUACAACAAGGAAGAAGUGAAGUCUGCUGCUGCUGAUGUUAAGAAUGGAGGCAAUGGUCAGGGUGAUAUCCUAGACUUGUUUGACACGGCAUGGCUAAUGAACCGGAGGAGAAGUUUCGAAGGAAAAGCGCCACGGUCGCUAUCAUUUCACGGGGGUUAUUAACUAACAAAACUAGGAAAGAAUAACAGUUUUCUAUGAAGCUUUUCAAGAAUAGCAACUUCAGUCAUGUAAGUAGACGCAAUGCAUCUCAAGUUCUUGAAAAGUUGUAUAGAUUAUGCUUGAAAAGAAAAGAUAUUUUGCUGGUUUUGUUAGGAAGUUUCCAUACACAAAUGUACACAUCAUCAUAUGUUUUAGAAUAUGUAAAUUAUGUAGGUGAAAAAUGGCACUAUGGUUUAGCUGUCCAAAUGUAUAAAUUUUUAAACCUUUGGAAGUGAGUGGGAUACCAUGUUAUGGUAUAGAGAUUUGCAUCA